AUUUGUUAAUUUUUGAUAAUCAAUUUUUAAUUUAGAAAUUUUAAACAUUUAAUAAAAAGAUAAAAAAAAUAUAUAUAAGUUAGAAGUUCUAGGUAAAUGUUUGGCCCAAUAUUUGAUAGAUUAGAUAAGUACUUUUGGGAAGAUUUAAAAGUCCCAAAUCGCAUGAAUGAAAGCCAUUUGGUUUCCCAUAAAGUUUUGUUUGGAAUCAGAGCUAUUUUGGCAAUUUACUCCUCUGUAGUCGUAACAAUUUAAACAAUAAAAAUCCCUAAUAUUGGAGCGUUUGUAGAGUUUUUGACUUUCUGGGGAGCACUAAAUGUUCAAUGGUAUUUCUUGUUUACUAUGAUUGAAAUGAUUACUUUUAGGAUUAACAAAAAACCUUCCUAUUAUGUUAGGAUUUGGAAAUUUACUCAUUUGAUGUUCGAAUUCGCAUUUUGCACACAACCUCUAAUAGUUUUAGUCUUUUGGGGAUUUAUUGUCCCUCAGCUUGGUGAUAUAUCAUAAUUUGGAGGAUUGAAUAUAAUUUUUAACUCUUAGUUACAUGGAGGAUUUUUUAUAGCUAUUGUGAUAGAUUUUGUCAUAAAUAACAUUUAGUUUUAUAAGAGACACAUGAUAGUUAUUUACUUUUUGACUUUUGUAUAUGGUCUCAUAAACAUGUCUUAUUCUUUAAUAUGGUCUCCAGUUUACCCAGGAAUCACAUGGAAAAACUGGUAAACAUACUUUAUCUUUGGGGUUGGACUGGUAUUAUUCUUCCUAAUUUCCUUGCUUGCUUAGUAUAUCUUUAAAAAAUGGAAAGCAAAAAAUAUUGAAAAGCUCAAAGAUUCAUAUAUCUGUUAGGAUUAUUACUUUUGA